CAUUUUCUGUGGCCCAUUGCAAAGUCUGUGUAACUGGGCAGAGAAGAAAUAGAUUACAAGUAGCCUUUCCUUUCAGUGCAAAAAAUUCCCUGUAAGUUCAUGUCCAACCUCAGCGGAGCCAAUCCGAUCUCCUCUCCAUUCAUCCUGGUUGGGAUCCCAGGGAUGGAAGAGAUGCACCCUUGGAUCUCAGUACCACUGUGUUGCAUGUAUUUAGUAACCAUUUCAGCCAACGUUUCCGUUCUUUUUAUCAUAAGAGCCGACAGGAGGCUUCACCAGCCAAUGUACCUGCUCCUUUCCAUGUUAUUACUCACUGACCUUGUCCAAUCAAAUGCCGCCCUUCCCAAGAUGCUGCUGAUCUUCUGGUUCAAGCUGAGAGAGAUCACUUUUGAGGAAUGUCUAGUGCAGAUGUUCCUUAUCCAUUCCUGCACCAUAAUAGGGUCUUCUGUCCUCCUGACUAUGGCCUUCGAUCGUUAUGUGGCCAUUUGCCACCCACUGAGAUACUCCACCAUCCUGACAAAUUCCAUGAUUGCAAAAAUGGGCCUGUUUGUCAUAAUGAAGGGGACAUUAUUGCAAAUUCCUUAUCCAUUCCUUGUCAGAAGGCUGCCAUUUUGUGGGAGUCACAUCAUCCAACAGACUUACUGUGAGCACAUGGCGGUGGCCAAGCUCUCCUGUGGCGAUAUCCGAAUCAACUUUGUGUAUGGGUUAAUAGUUGUUUUGCUUGUGGCAGGAUUAGACCUAAUAUGUGUCGCUGUGUCCUACACCAUGAUUAUAAUGGCCGUGCUGAGACUCCCUAACAGAGAAGCCAGAUAUAAAGUUGGUAACACAUGUUCUGCCCAUGUUGGUCUUAUCUUAAUUGCAUAUAUCCCAGCCCUCUUCUCCUUCAUAUCUCAGAGAUUUGGGGCUUCUUCAGCCCUAUCUGUCCAAAUCCUUAUUUCCAACAUCUACCUGAUCAUUCCUCCUAUGUGUAAUCCAAUCAUAUACGGCAUAAAAACCCAAGAGAUCCGCAAGAAGGUGAAAAUGUUGAUUUAGUUCGGCAAUAAGGGUCCGUUAUAUGUCCCUCUCAGGCCAAGCUGUGAUACUAGGUUUCUGCAAAAUCCAGUGGCCAAUAUGUUUCAUGGCCAAAUAAGAAUAUAAGAAGAUAUUUUGUACUUUCCUUGAUUUUU